GUCGUGGGCAUCCUGCCUACAACGUGCGAAAUAAGGAAAAAAGAAAAAUCGUACCUUCGAAGUUCCGACAUUUUGUUACCAAAACGAACCGUUUCGGUAACCAGCGUAAUCGAGUGGAUCACCAGUGACCAUGUCAGUAGGCCUACUCUCAAUGUUGAUGUUGGCGGGACUGCUACAAUUUGACAGUGGGGCGGAGAACUGUUGUGAAGAUGUUCUGAAAAUCAAAGAAGACGUAGACUUCUUAGCGACGGGCUUGUCCGGUCCAAAGGGUCAAAGAGGAUUACAGGAUGUGAGCGUAUACACCGAUGAAACGGAUCCAAGAGGCUUCACGAAGGAAAAUGAUGCAGUUGGUCUGAAAGCUCUCUGGGGACCAUACAGAACUACCUUCGGUCCAUGGCAAGAAGUCCGGAAUCAGUUUCUCCAGUUCCUCGACAGGCACAGCAUUUUUUGCGAUACAAAUGAAUAUCUGGUGUCCUGGAGAAUGCAAAUGGAAAGAGAUCGUGGACGUAUGAUAUGGAAAUGCUUCCGAAUUAUAAUUGCAAAGUGACUAUUUAGAAAUUAAAGAAAGACGUUUGGUUUGUAAACAAUUGAAGUAACCGAUCCAGAGGAUUUGCUUGGAAGAUCAUUUUUCAUGAUUUUACAAUGUGUGUAAAUACCAUGUUUAAAAUAGAUUCUGUCCAAAAUAGAAAUUGCGG